AUGGCUUUCGUCACCACCCCGUCCUCUCUCUCCUCCACGCCCCUCCUCCGCCACCGCCACCGCCGCCCCCUCCCCGCCGCGCGGCCCAUCUCGGCCGUCCACGCGACGGACCCGCCUCCGCUCUCUUCGUCCUCGGCCGCCGCCGCGAAAUGGAACAUCGAGAGCUGGAAGACCAAGAACGCCCUCCAGCUGUCCGAGUACCCGGACCCGGACGCGCUCGGGUCCGUGCUCCGGACCCUCGAGUCGUUCCCGCCCGUCGUGUUCGUCGGGGAGGCGCGGAGCCUGGAGGAGAGGCUCGGCCAGGCCGCCAUGGGGGACGCCUUCUUGCUCCAGGGCGGCGACUGCGCCGAGAGCUUCAAGGAGUUCAACGUCAACAACAUCCGCGACACCUUCCGGGUGAUCCUCCAGAUGAGCGUCGUGCUCAUGUUCGGCGGCCAGAUGCCCGUUAUUAAGGUCUGGUUCGGAAGCCGGUGAUCGUCGAUGGUAGUGUUGUAUUUGUUGAAUUGCGCGACAAAAAUUGGUUCUUUUUGGUUCUCUGUCUUGGCCUGCACGCGUUGUUGGGUGCUCGGAUAUCUAGGAAUUGGUGAUUGAUAUCGUGCUGAAAUUUGCGGGCUCGAUGAAAACCGUGCCGAUAAUUACCUGGCGUGCGUGGAUAGAUCAGCUUUAUCUGGAAAGAACUCAAUGCUGUGUUAUUUUGUUGACUCCAACUUCGCACCCUUCGAUUUGUUAAUGUCUUCCUGCAAAUCGAAUAGGGCAAUUUGAUUAGUAGAGUGCUUGUCUGAGACUGGUUGAUAUUUUGGACCGUUUUGGUUCCUCGUAUGAAAACCAACAUGUCUUAUUUGCAGCUGAAUUGAGAUCCUCUGCCUUAUGCUUGAGUUCGACGGUUCAUUUGGUGAACCCCAUUGUUUCCACGGUUACUGGGAAUUCUGAUUCUUCAUUUAAUAUGAGGACCUUGUCAUGUGGAUCAUACUGAUUUUCUUGUACUCUGUAGAUUUAGACAACCUUAAUUGUUUUGCCAUUCCCUUAGAGAAACAUUGUACAACUCUAGUUGAGGUGAACCAGGUGUAUGUUGUACUGCUAUCAGAGUUCAACAGUGUUCUGUUAUUGUGCCUUUGACGAAAUGCUCCGUGACUUAAGAGGGGAACUUCAAGUACAUCAACCUUCCAGAGGGUGAUUAUUUGUGACAAGAAGAACUUCAAAACCGACUUUGCUUAAAAUCAAGUGUGUUCAAUCGGAGCAUUUGGAAGUGAGAGGUUGAGUUUGCAACUGAGGGUCCAGGCUAGGGUCACAUUUUCUUUUCUGUUCACUUCGUGCGUGAUAAUUUGAUGAACUAAUAUCUGUUCCUUUCAAAAUGAGGAAUAAAUCAUGAUGUACUAAGAUUGGCUUACCAUUUUCUGCUGUAAAUUUGCGGCCUUCUUUUUUCUGUUCCCCUUUUCAAUGGUGCCUUAGAUGAUCAUUGGAUG